AUCCCCUCAGACGCAAUGUAGGCACAGACAAACUCAGGACUUUUGCACACUCUGUUCUUCACCGCAUGUAAUUUAUCGGAACAAAGCAGGCUACAUUUAAUUUUCUCUCAGCGUUACAACACCUUUGGCAGAUAAACAAAAUGAAGGUCUCAAGCAUAGACUGCCGCCGCCUAAGGAAAAUCAUUCGGAAGGAAUGUGGGAGCUGCCUCAUUGUGGAUUGUCGACCGUACUUUUCUUUCUCGAACUCCGGUAUUAAAGGUUCAGUAAAUGUGAACUUGAACUCGGUUGUUGUCCGAAGAUCCCGGGGUGGACCGGUACCUAUUCAAUUUGUCAUCCCAGACGAAAGAGCCCAGUAUCGACUUCGAGAAGGUAGCAUCUCGACUGUUGUUGCUUUGGACGACAGGACAUCACAUUGGCAAAAACUGAAAAAGGACAGUGUCGCACAGAUCGUUAUAAAUACGCUUUCACAUCUAGCAAGUGGAGCAAACAUUUGUUUUCUUAAAGGUGGAUACGAGAACUUCCAUUCCCAGUACCCUGAACUUUGCACGGAGAUGAAGCCAAUCCCACAUAGCGGAACUGAAAACGAGAAAAUAGCGAGCAACAUCCACUGUGAGAAACUGAGCGCCCAUCAUAAACCGGAUUACGAUCAGGGCAAGCCUGUGGAGAUUCUCCCUUUCCUUUACCUUGGCAGUGCCUACCACGCCUCCCGACAGGACUAUCUGAGUGACCUUCAGAUCACAGCAUUGCUCAACGUCUCCCGGAGGGACACACAGCAAUCCAAAGGCCACUUCCAUUAUAAGUGGAUCCCGGUGGAGGACAGUCACAUGGCCGACAUCAGCUCCCAUUUCCAGGAGGCUAUUGAAUUUAUCGAUUUUGUGAAGCAAGAAGGUGGGAAGGUACUGGUCCACUGCGAGGCAGGCAUCUCCAGAUCUCCCACCAUAUGCAUGGCCUACAUUAUGAAGACCAAGAGCCUGCAGCUGGAGGAGGCCUUCGACUUCAUCAAGCAGCGACGGGCCCUCAUCUCCCCAAACUUUGGAUUCAUGGGCCAGCUGCUCCAGUUCGAAUCGGAGGUCCUCUCCUCCACACCCCCGGCCACUCCCGCCCCCUGCAACCAGGAAACCGCUUCCCUCUUCACUAAGGAGUUUACCCUCGGCAAGAACUACGAAUCCUCCAUGUUCAACUUCCCUACCUCCUUUCUAAGCCCCAUACCAAUUCAGUCGCCAGUUCGUCAAUUUCAAUUAAGCCCAAUUACUGCACUGCCUUAA